GGUCUGCAGUUACUAUCUUCCCUCUGUCUCACAACUAAGGAUUCAGAACAAGACUCUCUCCUUCUCCCACGCCCUCUCCGACCAAAAACUUCCAUGCCGGAAAUGCAUGUCCAAUGCUCUAUAGAGGAGCUGAACAGAAUUCGAGACGUCUGAUCUUAUAUCAACUGGCUUUUGUCUCAGCUCUUGCUUUUACCGGAGAUGGGGAAGAAAGGAAGUGGGUGGUUCUCGACGGUGAAGAAAGUGUUCAAAUCAUCUUCUAAGGACUUGCCUGAGAAAAAGAAAGAGAGCGGGGUGAAAUGGCAAAAUGAGGCCCCAGAAGUAGUGUCCUUCGAGCAUUUUCCAGCAGAGAGUUCUCCAGACGAAACAAAUGAUGAGAGCACAGCAUCAUCUCCGGUAGAUGAGGAUAGAAAUCAUGCCAUUGCUGUUGCUGUGGCAACUGCUGCUGCAGCGGAGGCUGCUGUUGCAGCAGCUCAAGCUGCAGCAAAAGUUGUUCGCUUGGCAGGUUAUGGCCGCCAGUCCAAGGAAGAAAGAGCUGCUACUCUCAUUCAGUCAUACUACAGAGGCUACCUAGCUCGCAGAGCAUUGCGUGCUUUGAAGGGAUUGGUGAGGCUACAGGCAUUGGUAAGAGGCUACAAUGUUCGGAAGCAGGCGCAAAUGACAAUGAGGUGCAUGCAAGCAUUAGUGCGAGUGCAGGCAAGAGUUAGAGCUCGCAGGCUCCAACUGACUCACGAUAAGCUUCAGAAAGGAGUGGAGGAAGAAAAAGAAGACUAUGAUGAAGUAGAGAAAAAGUUUAGGAGCCCGUUGAAGAAGUAUGAAGGUCAUCCUGGUGCAUAUCAGAAUGUAGAGAAAAACAAAGGAAGUGCUUCAUGGAAACAUGAAUCUGUAAUGGAAAGGGAAAGAGCACUUGCUUAUGCUUAUAGCUAUCAGCAGCAACAACAACAGCAAGUCCUUCCUCUACCAGAGGCAAUGUCCUAUGGAAAAGAUGCUGGAUUUUUAGCCAACGAGCGAGAGAGGGCGCAAUGGGGAUGGAACUGGCUGGAGCGCUGGAUGUCGUCGCAACCAUAUCACGCACGUCAAUUAGGCUUGCAUGACAACUCUUAUGUACCACUAACCAGCACCACCACCACCACAGAUGACAUGUCUGAAAAGACCUUGGAAAUGGAAGCUGCGACACCUGCACAUUCAAGUCCAUACCCACACGGACAGCAUAAGCAAUCUAUCUCACCUCCUGUCCCAAGCUACAUGGCCCCAACCAAAUCCGCAAAGGCAAAGGUCAGACCCCAAGGGUCCACCAAACCGUCACAACAACAAGGUACAAACGUCCCCCAAUGGAACCCAUCAACUAAAAAUGCAUCAGGUUCAGAUUCAUGGAGUUCUGGUGGGAGAGGGGGAACAACACCAGUAUAUCACAUACCAAAGAGCCCAAGCCCAAGCCCAAGACACAAUGCUGGUCGGAUGCCGGGUAGACGGGUAAGAGGGCUGAGCCCAGAAUCCAGCGCUAGCGGCGGUGAAGAUUGGAGGUUUCCGGUUGGUGCUGAUGGAUGGAGGCAUGAUUUUGGUUGAUCGAUCUGUGCGUGGCCAAUGAACUUUUGAGUUUUGUCCCAUCUAUGUUAAUAUUUUAGGUGGAGUUAAGGAUGUCAUGUGAUCAACUGCCAAUGCUGGUGGCUUUGAUGUUAUAUUUAUUAUAUUCUUUUUGCGACGUAUAAUUAUGUGAACUUGUGUGUAGCUUUGAUGCUAUGUUAUUGAUAUAUAACAUCUAUUUUUCUGGUGUAAAAUUAUAAAUUAGCAAUGCAAGG